AUGAUUGGAGAUUAGACAUUAGCCAAUAGCAAUACAAUAAAGGAAACUGAAGAACAAAUCAGACGAAAUUCUGAAAAGAUUGCAAUGAUAGAGGAAAGAAAGAAGAGAGGAAUAAAAGGUCAAAACCAGCAAGGACUAAAGAAUAAUAGAAUGCGAAUGAAAGAAAUAGCCCAACAACUUGGAAUUGAGGCAACAGACUUAAAAAAAGGAAUCACUCAUAAGAAUAUAGCUGCAGAGACUCAGGAAGAAGAAACGAAAGAAGCACAGUCGAUGAAUAAUAAUAAAGUGGAGAGAGGAGAGAAAAUUCAACCAUAUUGGUAUAUUUCAUAUACGAAAUACCUAUACUAUCCUAAAUAGAAAAGAGAAAAUAAAAGUUUAGACGGCUACUAAGAAAUAUCAAAAGGAUUUAAACUUAUAAAAAGGAUAGUACGAAAAAUGGAAAAGUCGGAUACUCAGCACGCCCCAAUAGAAUUAAAAGCCUUAGAUGCAUGA